AUGUCGUCCUCAUAUAUGAGACCGAAGCGACCAGGCGAAGAGGACGACUCGGACGGCGGGGCGCAAUCCUCAUCCAAAAAGCCGCGGUUUGACGUCCGCAACCCUUCUGCGCUCGCACCAGACGCCCUGGAGGAUGACGCUGUUCUGGAUGCAGAUGAGUUUGGUCAUAGGGGUCAAAGGGUCCGUCGAAAUGCGGUGAAAGUGGAAGGAUUCGAGUCAGACAGCGAGAAUGAAGGCUUCGAUGCUCGCGCCGAAGCAAAAGCCAGGGCCAAAAAACGGGAGAGUCGCGCUGCGGACGACGAUGAUAUGUUUGCCGAACUUGAAGAAGACUUUGGAGGAAAUGAUGAUGAAGAUGAGACAGGCGGAGCAAAGAAUAAGAAGCAAGUUCGGUUCCUGGAAACAGAUGAGAUAGAGGGACAGGUUAAUUCCUCGAGAGCCGGAGGAAAGGUUACCCUAGAUACCCGAUCAGCUGGUGGGAAAGGAAAAGGACGAGCGGUCGAUGAAGAGGAAUAUGAUGAUAGUGGGAGUGAUGUUGGUGACGAUGUCCGCGCAGCACUGCCAACGGACGUGGACAAGGAACUUGGGGCUGGCAGUAAAAAACAGCAUGCGCCUCUCCUUGACGCCUUUAACAUGCGGGCCGAGCAAGAAGAUGGCCGCUUCGACGAUGCUGGGAAUUACGUGCGAAAAGCAAUGGACCCCGACGCUGUUCACGAUUCAUGGCUAGAAGGCGUUUCCAAGAAAGAUAUGCGAAAAGCGAAAGAAGCAGCGGAGAAACGAGAGGAGGAGAGACGCCAGCAGUCUCUUGCUGCUGACAAGGUAAUAACUAGUGAUGUCUUGAAAACAUUGAUACAACAUCUUGAUCGUGGAGAGACUAUCAUUGAAGCUCUAGGGAGGCUUGGGAAGGGACUAAAACACCGGCCUAAAUGGCAGAAUAAGAACAAGAGAAACCAGAAAAAGUCCAAUGGGGCAGCUGAAGAUGUUGAAAUGCAGGAGGAAGACCCAAAGGAAGCAGAGAAGAAGCGCGCUGUAGAAAAAAUUACUGAAGCUGCUGAUAUACUGCUAAGCCGUGGGCAGACAGACAUAUACGACACAGAACGUGAGCUUCUCACGCGGCUAUAUCAACGGGAGACUGGAGAGCCGUGGGUAGACCCCCCUCUCCCCGAGACGGCAGUUGACAAUGGUGAAGAGAAGGCCGAGAUGUGGGAGUUCCGCUGGUCGGAUUCUCGAGAUGGCGGAAUAAUACACGGGCCUUACGACAAGCCAACUAUGCAGUCUUGGAGUGGUGCCGGAUAUUUCACAGAUGGCGGAGCGGAGUUUAGAGUUGUUGGAAGCUCCAGUGCUUGGAAUCCAGGGGAUCCAUUCUCAUGA